UUAAGGUGCAGCUAUGCAGCAGUUCCUCUCUUAACCUGCAGAGAGCGCGAAUGAGCCGCGAACGUUCGGGUGCAACAAACGAGGAGCUUUUGCAGAUGGGGUUUAAUGCUCUUCAGCCAGCGUGCUUUGUGCGCCGAAGAGUCAACUGUUUCAAGCGUGUCCUUGUUGAGAAGAUCGAAAUGUCUCGAAGCUGUCAUGGUUAACAAAAUGCAUGCGAAAUGUUUUGAGCAGAGAAAGCUUUUAAAACCUCUUGAGGGGGAAGCGUGCAGAGAGCAGCCAAUCUUGAGUCUAUAUCUGGUUGGAAGAGUUACCGCAAUUAGACCUGCAUUUGUAUGUUCUUGUUCUUAUGAAGCCUUCCCAAUUUCUAUGUUCGAGGUCAACUUUUUUUUUUUUUUUUUUUUUGUUGAGAAUCAAUAAAAAUGAGAUUAAAAAUGAUCUGUGUUGAGCCAUGUUGAAUGUACAUUUCAAGGUAAUUAAUAAAAAAAAAAUCGAGAAAAUAUAUGGUGGCUGAUAGAGCGUGUUUUUAGUGAGGCUGAAACAGCAUAUGCUCAACAGGUGUAAUCCUCUUUAAUCUGGACUGCUUACUGUGGCCAUGUAGAUUUGGAAGAUAGGGAGUGAAUGAAAGCGAUAAACAGCCGUCGUUGCUCUUUUAGUUAUUACUGUUAUUGUUAUUAUAGGUUUUACGUCAAUUGAAAUCUUUAAAGUAUCUUUAAAGUAAUUAAAUCACGUGGAAAGAGAUUCUGUUUGGAUUUGUUUAUUGGAUUGAGGGUAGCAGAUUACCAUCCUACAGUUUCGUUACACUGGGAAGAGAAGCUACUGGAGUAAACAAUCCAGCAUUUUCAUGUAUCGGGAACAUCGAUAAUCAGGUAAGAUGCUGCACCGUACGGUUUGCGAAGGAAUGUAUUUGUUUGUCGUCAGAAACUGGAGGCAACCUACAAGGCCAAAGCCGCAACUAAAGGAGAGGCUGUUCCGAGACGUGAUGCAACUAAUUACACUGCUUUCAAAAAAUAGCCACUUGGUUCUUUACAUGGGAUAUUUCUUGGCAGCUAUUGUAAAUAAUAAUAUUCCAUUUAAAUGCAUAAGUAUAGAAUGUUGCAUAGUAAACACCGAGCUGGUAUUGAAUGCAACCGUGAAUAAUUGCAUCAUUCUGACAUUUCACAACAAAAAUAGAGCCGACCCUGUUAUGAAGACCAAAGAACUUUGUUUGCAUGUCAUUUUUGAAGCUUAUUCGUGUUAUUUCGUAAUCCUUGUAAGGAAUUUUUGAGGCACAGUUAGUUUGCCAUGCGUGUUAAGACCAUUUAAUUGUGAACAGUGCUAUUAAUGGUACUGCUGUUAGUAUAUUGUCUCAUGAUGAUAUUGUCAUUGAUCCUAACAAGAUAUACUUUGGAGUUUAGGUUUUACGUUUUUAGAAGGAAAUCAUACAUCACACACCCUGAAAUAGAAUAAAAUUCAUGGAGAUGCUAGUAGGUGCUAUAAUUCUGUGGUCCUGGGAGAAUGGCUAUUAGGCCUGACAAGUACAAGUACUAUAUUUGGAGCAAAAACAAACCAACAUGCAGUUUCUAACAUCGAGAGACCUUAGUCAGGUUAGACAUCAUACUGAAUUAAACAUUUAUAUAAAAAAACAGUUUACGACAUGCACUGCAUAGCUCCUAUUUCACAUCAUGUGUAGUUUUUGUUCCGUUUACUUGUUAAACAAUAUUACAAACCAUUGAACGCACUGUAUUUCUGUUGCUCACUGUCUCGUUUUCAUUCCAUUUCAAAAAUUUUAUAUGGCGCUACCUUCACUUAAGUCUACAUUGGCGGCAAAACCAUGCUCUGGUGUGCUUUUUUUGACGAGAGAAACUAGGUAGCUUGAUUGCACUCAACACAUGGAUAAUUGAUCUGCCAAACUGAUGUGUGGUAAGUCAAAUUUGCCAAAGUCUAUUUGGCAAACCUAAAUGUACUUCUUGUCUCCCCAGGUGUUCACCAUGCUCACCAGCUUUGUGGAUGGAAUAUUCUGUUGCUUUACAGGAAAGUCUACUAACGUUGUGGUCCCUAUUGAGUCCUCUGAGCCCACUGAUGGUUUUGAAUUUGUUGAGGUAAAACCAGGAAGAGUUCUGAGAGUUCGGCAUAUUAUCCCAGACAGACCAGUGGUUGAGGAGCCAGGGACUGGGGAAGGGGGCACGGUCAGCUGCAAGCGCAAAAUCUCAGUGUAUCGAAACGGACAGCUUCUGAUCGAGAACGUCAAUGAGGCCACCCAUCCAGAGCUGGUCCGCUAUCAGAACGGAGACAGCACUGUGGAUACAGAUGCUUCCAAUUGUGAAGCUCCCCCAGUAACCCAGGCAUCUGAACCCACACCGGGGUCGGUGACCGCAGCUACGGAGAUCAAACCUGCACCUCAGCAGGAUCUGCAGCAAGUGCAGAGAAGACGGCGCAAACCCAAACGCUCCAUUGUGAUCGACUGUGAGCGGAAGAUCACAUGCUGCAAAGGUACUCACUCCGACGUGGCCUUGUUUUUCAUUCAUGGAGUCGGGGGCUCGUUGGAUAUCUGGGGAAGCCAACUGGACUAUUUCUCCCAACUUGGUUACGAGGUCAUUGCCCCGGACUUGGCCGGCCAUGGUGCAAGUUCAGCUCCUCGGAUUCCCGCUGCCUAUACCUUUUACGCUUUGGCUGAAGAUGUUAGGAUCAUCUUCAAGCGAUAUGCAAAGAAGCGGAAUAUUUUAGUAGGACACUCUUACGGUGUCUCUUUUUGUACAUUCUUGGCUCAUGAGUAUCCGGAACAAGUUCAUAAAGUUGUGAUGAUUAACGGUGGAGGUCCUACAGCACUCGAGCCCAGUCUCUGCUCUGUCUUCAACUUGCCCACGUGUGUCCUUAAUUUUCUGUCCCCGUGCCUCACCUGGAGCUUUCUCAUGGCUGGUUUUGCUCAUCAGGGAACAAGAGAAAAGAAACUACUAAAAGAGAACAAUGCCUUCAACGUGUCUUCUUUCGUUCUACGGUCCAUGAUGAGUGGACAGUACUGGCCGGAGGGCGAUGAGGUUUACCAUGCUGAAAUCACAGUGCCUGUUCUGCUGGUUCACGGCAUGUACGACAAGUUUGUACCGGUACAAGAGGACCAACGUAUGGCAGAGAUCCUAUUGUUGGGGUUCCUGAAGAUCAUAGAUGAUGGAAGUCACAUGGUCAUGAUGGAGUGCCCUGAUGUAGUUAAUACUCUCUUACAUGAAUUUUUCCUGUGGCAGCCAGCAACGGCCUCAAAACCCAAGCAGGAAUCAGCCCCAACAAAGACCACUACUAAACCUCCAGAAGACACAACGAGACCAAAAACUGCCCCAAAGUCACCAUCCAAAUCUCAACCAGACUUGAUAAGACCAACAACUGCACCAAAGAGCAUCAAUACUGGGACAGAGGCUACAGUGGACAUCAGAUCUAAGGGCCUGAAAUAAAUAGCUUGUCUACCUACACAGUGAUAAGUUACAUUUAAAGGAAUAGUUUACCCAAAAAUUUUAAUUCUGUAAUUCCAAAACUGUAUGAAUUUCUUUGAUCUGCCGAACACAAAGAAAGACCAUUUGAAAAAAGUUUGUAACCAAGUUU